AUGGACCAAUCCAUCAUUGAAAUUGCUCAAUCUUCUCCCAGAGCAAUUGCCGUCAAGGAAAAUGACAAUCAAUUGUCCUAUAAAAAGUUAGUUUUGGAGUCACAGGGGCUGGCUCAAACCCUUCGUGAGAAGGGUAUCGACCUGGAGGAACCAGUCGGUAUUCUUUUUGGACCUGGGAUCAACCUGGUGGUAGCUCAACUCGCGGUGAUUUUUGCUCGAGCCACCUGCAUCGCAGUGGAUCCUUCUAUGCCUAAGAUGAGACUCUCGGGGAUGUUUCACGACGUUGGGGUCAGGUAUGUGAUUGCCGAGCAAAGUGAUCAGCUGUUGGAGGGUAUGAGUUAUAUUGCUCUCCCAGGCGACAAAGAGCGUGACGUUCAUAGCCACCUGAAUCAUGAUCUGGCCAUUCCUACCUUGGACUCUGUCUUAGAUCCGCAGCACCGCACCCACAUCCUCUUCACGUCGGGCUCUACGGGUAAACCCAAGCCAGUUCAAAUCAUCGCUCAGAAUAUCAUGCAUCUGGCCAGCAAGACCCCGUUCACCCCAUUGCUACCUGAUGACAAAGUGGCACAUUUCAACAACCCGGGAUUUGAUCUCAGUCUCUUUGAGAUCUGGGUUGCCCUCCUUUCUGGAGCCACCAUCGUUCCCAUCAGGAAGGAAACCGUUACGGACCCUUCCCAUCUUAAGGGUUUCCUCGAAACUCAAGGCGUGACAGUGAUGAUACUUUCCGUCGCCUUGAUGGAGAUCCUUGUUUUCGGAGAUCCUUCUAUCUUUCAAAGUCUGCGACAUGUGCUGAGUGCCGGGGACGUCGCCAGCGUCAAGGCAAUGCGUGCGAUGUGCAAGCCGCUGAAAUGUCUCUGGAACACAUACGGCCCAACGGAGUGUACCACGCUUGCCACUGCCAUGCUGGUAACCGAGGAAGAAUUGAAAUGGGAACGGAUCAGCAUCGGUCGAGCGGUGGGCGAUAUGAAAGCCUACCUACUGGACCAGGAUCUGCAGCCAAUCCGAGCAAGCGGCAUUCGGGGGGAGAUCUGUAUCUCCGGGCCCCAGCUUUCAGCGGGUUAUUUGAGCAUGCCGGACGAGACUGAAGAGCGCUUCUUCUGUAUGAAUCGCAGUGCCCUGGACUCUGAAGAAACCUCGGGUAACGGUGAAGAAACUAUUCGCGUAUAUCGAACGGGGGAUUAUGCCGAAUGGAGGUCAGACUUGAACUGCCUAGAGUUUUUCGGCCGCCUGGAUCGGCAGGUCAAGCAUGGGGGCUUUAGAAUUGAGCUCUCAGAGGUGGAACGACACUUGCUUUCCCAUGAGGAUGUCGACUCAGUAGCGGUGAUCCAUAUCCCGUCAACCGCCAACAGCGGAAUCCCCCUGCUUGUUGCGUUUGCCAAGACAAAGAAGAAGCGAAGCCUGACAGCUGAAUCCAUUUUGGCAUUUGUGCGCGAGCGGUCGCCUUCAUAUAUGGUCCCGAACCACAUCGAGCUACUCGACGAGCUCCCAUUGACCGUUAACGACAAGCUGGAUCGACAAGCGCUGAAAGACCGCUAUAUGGGACAGAAAAAAGGCCAGAAACACACUGAAACCACCAGUGAAGAACCCACGACAAAUGGAGCCCCGACCACAAAGUCUAUCAUCAAGGAGAUAUGGAAGGAGAUCCUCCCCCAGUCGCAUGCGAAUGACCAAGACGACUUUAUCGAACAAGGGGCCAGUUCUUUGCAGAACGCCACAUUGAUAUCUCUUAUUCAGGAGCGUGUGGGUUGUCGCAUUUUCAUGGACCAGUUCCUACAGCAUACCCGGCUACAGGAUCUCGUUUCACUUGUCGAGGUUAUGACCGCGACAGCUGAACCUGUCGCCCACUCAAAUGACGAGACUGAGAUUUGGAUUCGAGAUGUAGGACUCGUCGAAGAUAUUGAACUUACCCCGGACUGGACGGUUGAUGGUGAGGGUCGCGUCUUUUUGACUGGUGCAACUGGAUUCGUGGGAGCGAACCUCUUACGCUACCUACUGGGCAUGCCGACGGUUAAGCAGGUCGCCUGCCUGGCGCGACGGCAGGGAUUGAUCAGCGGCGCAGAUCGCAUCCAGCAGACACUGGAACGAUAUGAUCUUUGGCCAACCUCGUUGACGCUGAUCCAGAAGAUUAUGAUUUUGGAAGGCGAUAUGGAGAAGCCUGAUCUCGGGUUGGGCGCUGAACGGUUCGCCUGGCUCACUAACUGGGCCUCAGUCGUCUUUCACCUUGGAGCCAAGGUGAAUUUCUGCGAGAAUUACGCUGCUCACUACUCCUCCAAUGUUCUGGGUACCAAGCACGUACUGCGUGUCGCGGCCCUGGGCCGGCAAAAGUCUUUCCACUAUAUGUCCAGCAUCGACGUCUGGGGCCCGACUGGUUUCAUUCUGGGCACACCGCGUGUUCUUGAAGAUGGACCUCUGUUCCCACACAUACAGGCUCUUCGAUAUGAUCUGGGCUAUUCAGCAAGUCAAUGGACAGCGGAGCAAAUGGUCCGGCGCAUGCGAGACCGUGGCCUUCCCGUCGCGAUCUACCGGCCCGGGUACAUCAUUGGGGACAGCAGAACAGGCGCCCUGAAUCCGAAUGACUUCUUCUCGCGGCUCAUUGUCGGUUGUAUCCAAAUCGGCGCUUUUCCAGAUCUUCAACAGAACCUGGAAUACUGCACCAUUGACUAUGUCAUUUCGGCCAUGGUUCACAUUGCCUCGUCCAACAGUUACCUUGGCCGGUCAUACAGCCUUUUAUCACCGAACCCUGCGGCAUCAAUCACUGUUCGCGAUACUUGCAAAGUGAUAAAUGAUGCUGGCUACCCUGUGAGAUUGAUCAAGUACUCACAGUGGGUAAGCGAGGUUAUCGCUGGGCAGCUCCCAAAUGGGCCUUUGGCUUCCUUGAUGCCCAUGUUUGAGGAGCGCGUUCUGGGGGAGUUGACUCGAUGGGAAGCGAGUCAGAAUACGCCCAUAUAUGACUCUUCCAACGCCGUAGACGCCCUUCGUGAUCGCCCCGACAUUCGGUAUCAGCCUCUGGACCCGGAAAUUCUCAGUUUAAUCAUUUCAUUCUGGCAGCGGAAAGGGUUUUAUCAGGUCUGA